AUGGCAGCUGGGCUUCCAGUUCUUAAUCCAUUCAAAAACACUGAUGCAAUCUUCAAACAUGGAGCAAACUUUGCAGUUGCUGGCCCUACAGCAUUACCAAUAGAGAUUCUUGCAGACAAGAACAUUUCAUCCCUGGUGACCGGCAAUUCUGUCAGUGUUCAACUUGAUUGUAUGUUCACACAUUUCAAUUCCAUCUGCUAUGACGAUAGAGGUUGUGUUGAGAAGCUCAAAAACUCUCUCUUCGUGGUUGGAGAGAUAGGAGGGAAUGACUAUAAUUAUGCACCGUUUCAAGGCAAAUCCAUGGAGGAGGUCAAGAGCAUGGUGUCUGAUAUUGUUGAAGCCAUUAUGGAUGCUGUUAGAGUAUAUGAAUUUUGCAGACUUGCUCAGUAUGGAGCAGUUCGAGUGGUUGUUCCCAGAAAUUUUCCAGGUUGCUUUCCGAUUUAUCUCACAGGAUUUAAAACCAAUGACUCGACGGCUUAUGAUGAAAAUCAUUGUCUGAAAGCAUUGAACAACGUUUUGAUGUAUCACAAUGACCAUCUGCAGAAAGCCAUUGAAGAUCUGAAGCAAGAAUACCCUAAUGCAAUCAUUGUAUAUGGUGAUCACUACAAUGCCUUCCAAUGGCUUUUACAUAAUGCUCCUAAACUUGGAUUUGACAACACUCUACAAAAAGGUUGCUGUGGAAUUGGGGGUGACUACAAUUUUAGUCUAACAAGGAUGUGUGGAGCUCCUGAAGUUCCAGUUUGUCCUGAACCUAAUAGACUCGUUAGUUGGGAUGGAGUCCAUUUGACAGAAGAGGGAUAUAAGGUCAUGGCUGGAAAGCUUAUUGAUGACAUCUUACCCCAACUACAAUGCGUUGCUUAAAUAGUGGCAUAUGUUUAUUCAUGGGUAUUUUGCUUCAGGAUCUUCUGUGUAUUUUUUAAUUUAAAUUUAUUUUUUAAACUGUGAGUAGGUAUGAUU